UCAUCAGAAUGUAUGUUUCAAUAGUGCUGUUGUUGGUUGUGAACUCGGUUAAGUCUUCGUUGGAUCGACGUCAUAUCGAUAUAGAUUUCAACGAGGUAUUUCAGAACGGUCGCUCCUUGCCGAGAUUUUGGACUAGUACCGGUCUGUGUCCACCGGCACCUCGUGAAAGCACCGCAGAUUUCCUGCUAUCCGAUGAUAGUUUACUGAAUCUGGAAAUAAUUGGAUCGUUACCCAAUGAAGGAUUGAAGUACGUGCGAAUCCACUGGUUGCUGGAGAUGAUACAGUUUUCACACUAUGAUGAUAACAAACUGCUGUUUUACGACUUUACGAAACUAGACACGCUUCUUGAUAAGCUGCAUGAAUUUGGCCUGUAUCCGGAUUUUGAAUUAAUGGGCCUUCCAAGCAACGUUUCCUAUGAAAAGGAGCGGAGCCACCGGUUUGCCUUUUUCUGGACGGAUCUGACCAUGCAAAUUGCUUCUCGUUACCUACAUCGUUACGGGAUUAAUUAUGUAUCCAAUUGGAGAUUUGAAUCGUGGAAUGAGCCGGAUCUCAAGAGUUACAAUGUUUUGAAUUUCACCACGGAUGAGUACAUAAGUUACAUUGCCUCGCUCCGAUUAGGUUUAGAUGCUGCAGGGCGGUUACUAGCUAACAUCCAUUUGCCAUUGCGGGGACCAGCAGGAUUGUUUCGCAAGCAACAGAGUCAUCCCUUUUGCUGGACAAUUAUCAUGAUGUGCAAUGAAAUGCCUCAUCGUUGUCCCUUUGAUGUAAUAACAUUUCAUAGGAAAGGACUUGGCGUGAGGGCUAGCGAUAUAUUGGAAAGCGAGUUGGAACUGAUUAAUAAGUUAUGGACUAGCUUUCCAAAUAUGACAUCAUUUAGAUUUUCGAAUGAUGAAGCUGAUCCGAUUGUGGGCUGGUCAACUCCAAGAGAAUUUCAAUCGAACAUGAAAUAUGGCUCCAUGCUGGUAUCAACUGUGCUUCAACACUGGUCUGCCAUGACCAACGACACUUUUACUAACUUGGACUCAAUUUCGCAUGAUAAUGGCUUUCUAAGUUAUCAUCCAUUCGAGUUCUCACAGCGAACGUUGUUGGCACGUUUUCAAAUGAAUAAAACACAACCCCGGCAUGUACAAUAUGUGGCAAAACCGGUGUACUCAACCCUCGGAAUAUUAGCCAAUUUAGGGUCGCUUGCCUCUGAAACUGUUGAUCUGCAUGGAAAUCUCAGUUAUAUUAUAUCCUACCACCGGAAGCCCUUUUAUGCUUGUGCAGUUCUGUGCAUGUCGAAUGAUACGUUCGAGCCUUUGUUUGCAAGAAUGACAUUGAAUUUAAACUUUACGUUCCUCGAUGAACAUCAAAGCCAAAGAAUUGGUUACCUAGUGGAAGGUCUAGAAGACGGUGUGAAUGAUCCAAAUGCGUUGUGGACAUAUUUUAAGAAACCAUCGUAUCCAUCGAAAGUGCAAUUUGCUGCUAUGAGAGCGAUUCAACUACCAAGGUUAUUGAAGGGACCUGGAAUAGUUUCGAGUGAAAACUUGGAACUUGAGAUUGAAUUGCGAGCUCCGUGGGUUGUAACGGUGCGGCUCUGUAGUAAAGAAAAUCCCGUUCCGUCACGAAUCACAUAUAUGCGCAUCAGAAAGGUAAAUGACUACGAGGUGAUGAUAUUUUGGAGUGAUAAGUCAGCAGUAGCAGGAUGCAUCGUCGGUUAUGAAGUGUGGUUCAGGACAUACCAUACACAAUGGAGGCUGUUGAAUUCAGAUUUCCACACACCAUUUCUGUUUUUCCAAUUUGUAUCCAAUGACACUAUAGGGAUAAAAGGCAUGUAUCGUGUUCGAUCGGUGGAUAUGUUCGGUCGGCUGGGAGCAUUUUCGAAAUCCAAUCAUUAUGAAGGUUGAUUGAAACAACUAUGGAGGACGUCGAUGGAUUUCAUUUAGUUGAUGUAGGUUUGGUGAUUUUUUUAUAUGUUGAAGUCUUAUAUAGUAAUGUUGCCUGGGUAAUAGAAAGUAAGACGCGCAUCAUUAAAUCAGUAGAUCAUUAAAUAGUAGAUAGUAAAUGGUUCACAUAAAAAUAGCAAAAUUUUUCUUGAAUAUGCGUGAUUUAGGUCACUGGGAUCUGGAACAAGCUGAUAUAUUUACAUUCUCAAAUCUAGAGACAAGACUAAAAAUUACCAUUUGUUAGAUUAAAGGCAAAGAAAAUGUCCUUUGAAUGUAUUUUUUUCACUACGUAAUGUUAAAAAAUGGUCGUAGUGACAUUUACAUUAGUUUGAAAAAUUAAAAACAUUCACCGUAUGAUAAAAGUUACACCAAAAUGAAGAGGAUCUGGUGGUAAAUUUAGUAUGCAUCUUGGCAAAUUCAGUAAUUCGAGUGUAGUUAAUUUAUAAAUAAAUCGAUGAUUAAAUACAA